GUGCAAAACUGUAUUUAACCUCACCCUACAGUCGUACUCUGGGAGACCGUUGGUUCACCCACAUGAGUACAGUCGAAACGAUUGAAUAACGGGACCCAGCGCACAGAUUGUCCUCUUCGGUGCACAAAAACAUCGACGAGGUGUCGUUGUCUCCAAGCCAGUGCAGAAACCACAGACCAGAUCUCUGGUUAACGCGGUUGUUCCCGAGGAGCGAGCAGAGACAACCAACCAGCCAGGACAUUUUCUUCGGGAUAGUUCCUCCCCCAGGACAGCUGCACAGCGUUUGUGUUGUGCCGUGCGAAACAGAAACAGAAGCCGACGCCAAACUCGGCCUUGUCGUGGUUCGCCAUGCCGAUCAAGUUUUCAAAAGAGACGAGCUCGAGGUUGUUCCGAUACGUCAAGUCGGUCGACAUUCGAUUCAACCGUGAGUGACGAAAGAAACAAACCAUUGCGCCGGGUCUAUGGUUUUGGUUCGAUUCAAGGCAAAGCGCUGUUGUAGCGGCGCCGGAUCGCUUCGCCUCGGCCGCCAGUUGUGGUUAUUGUUGCUGCUGUUGAUUUGGUGGUGGCAGAGUUUCCGAACCACCCGCCUUGUGUGCCCGCUGCCUGCUCACCCACUCGACUCACGACGCGCUUCGCCUUGCGUUCCGUUUUCUCCUCGACUUGCUCCCGUCCCUGCCGCAGCCUUUGACAACAGGACCACCUCCGCGAGGGAAUUCUGGAGGCAGAUGCAGGCCACUCGGUACCGCAAAAUGAAUCCCAGGCUCGAGAUCAACACGCACGUGCUGGGAUCGGCGAGCCCCCCGGAGAUCGUUCUGAAGCUCAUCGACGACACGGAGGUAGGUUGGUUGUGCGUUUGUUUGUUCGUUCGCUUGUUUGUUUGCACCAUCUUGUUGUUGGCUCGCUCGAUAGCUUGGUUUGAUGCGCUCACCGAUUGCCCCGCUUCUGGCGUUUUGUGUUGUGCUGAUUUGAUUUGCGCGGCAUGCUAUCCACAGAAGCGAUACGACAGCCGCAACUAUACGGCGAGCGAGAUUUUCUUCGACGUCCACCUGUCUCUCGACAACCUAGACAACGAGUUCGAGCUGAGCGGGAAAUCUCUGGACGACUAAUGUCGAUCGAUCGAUCGGUCGAUCGAUCCGGCCCAAGCGGCAAUUAUUGUAGCGUAGCAUAAGAACGAGCGAACACUUA